GAGGGAGGUUCCGCCUCCGGGACGGGCGGCGCGUGCGCCCUCGGGGCUCUCGUCGGGACGCGCCCGCUCCCGUGCUUGUUCUCACCGGGGCUGGACGCGCGCGCCCUCGGGCCGGGAGGAGGCGGGCGGCGCGGGAGGGGCGGGCGGCGCGGCGGAGGCGCGGACCCGAGAGCGGCGAGGCCCAAGAUGGCGGACCGCUUCUCUCGCUUCAACGAGGACCGCGACUUCCAGGGUAAUCACUUUGAUCAGUAUGAAGAAGGACACCUGGAGAUUGAGCAGGCAUCUCUCGACAAGCCCAUAGAAUCGGAUAAUAUUGGACAUCGCUUACUCCAGAAACAUGGGUGGAAGCUGGGCCAGGGAUUGGGAAAAUCUCUUCAGGGGAGAACCGACCCAAUCCCCAUCGUUGUCAAGUAUGACGUCAUGGGCAUGGGCCGCAUGGAGAUGGAGCUCGAUUAUGCCGAAGAUGCAACCGAACGGCGCCGUGUCCUAGAAGUGGAAAAAGAAGACACAGAGGAGCUGAGGCAGAAGUACAAGGAUUACGUUGACAAAGAGAAGGCGAUUGCCAAGGCCUUGGAAGACCUCCGCGCCAACUUCUACUGUGAGCUCUGUGACAAGCAGUACCAGAAGCACCAGGAGUUCGACAACCACAUCAACUCCUAUGACCACGCACACAAGCAGAGACUAAAAGAUCUCAAGCAGAGGGAAUUUGCCCGAAAUGUCUCUUCAAGGUCCCGCAAGGAUGAGAAGAAACAAGAAAAAGCCCUGCGGAGGCUCCAUGAGUUGGCAGAGCUAAGAAAACAAGCAGAAUGCGCACCCGGAAGUGGCCCUAUGUUCCGACCAACCACGGUUGCUGUGGAUGAAGAUGGAGGAGAUGAGGACAAGGAUGAAUCGGCUACCAACAGCGCCUCGGGGGCCGCCGCAGGGUGCAGCCUGGGCCCCGAGUUCUCCACGGAGAAAGGAGGCCCCUUCACCACCGUUGCAGGCACUGGCUCCACUGGGCUGCCGCAGGCUUCCGGGCCGGCCGCCCCCAGCGUCAGCUUUGGUUUCAAGAACAACCAGGGGACCCCACUGCAGAAACUGGGGGUGUCGUUUUCCUUCGCCAAGAAGGCUCCGGUCAAACUUGAGUCCAUCGCUUCGGUGUUCAAGGACCACGCAGAGGAAGGGUCCUCCGAGGAAGGGACAAAGCCCGACGAGAAGGGUUCUGACCAAGGGCUGCAGAAGGCAGGGGACGCCGACGGGGGCGGGAGCACCGAUGGCAAAAAGGAAGACGAGGACCCGCAGGACGGCGCAGCCCUGGCCUCCACGCUGUCCAAGCUGAAGCGGAUGCGCCGGGAGGAGGGCGCCGGCGUGGUGGAGCCCGAGUAUUACCACUACAUCCCACCUGCGCACUGCAAGGUGAAGCCCCACUUCCCCUUCCUGCUCUUCAUGCGGGCCAGCGAGCAGAUGGAGGGUGAGGCCAGCUCGCACCCCAAGGGCACCCCGGACAGCAAGAAGAGCGGCUCCCCCAAGCCAAAGGGCUGUGUCAGGGCAGCCCCCAGCCAGGCAGCAGAGCCGGGGGCCAGCGAGCGCUUGGAGCCACCCAAGGAACCAAAGGAAACGAAAGAGGCAACAGCAGUGGCUGGGGCCGAGCCCGCCCAGCCGCGGGGCAAAGCCGAGGCCCGGAAGGUCCCCUCGGGGUUCCCUGGGGAGCAGGGCCGGCCCGUGUCUGAGGCGCAGGUGCGCCAGCCCGAGCCUGCCAAAGAGCCCAGUGCGCCUGGAGACAGUGUGGCAGGGAGAGACAGCCAGGGGCGUCCCCGGCACCCUACGGGCCCUUUCUUCCCAGUGCUGAGCAAGGACGAGAGCACGGCCCUGCAGUGGCCGUCGGAGCUGCUUAUCUUCACCAAGGCGCAGCCCUCCGUCUCCUACAGCUGCAACCCUCUCUACUUCGACUUCAAGCUUUCCAGGAACAAGGACGCCAGAGCCAAAGGGGCAGAAAGAGCGAAGGACGCGGGCGGCCCCUCCAGGGAGGCCCUCCCCGGCCCUGAGGCCAGCGGGCCAGGCGGGGACAAGGACGCGGGUGAGCCCCAGGCAGACGGAGGGCCCCCUGCUGCUGCUGCUGCUCCUCUUGCUCCUGCUCGGGAGCCGGAGCCCGAGCCCCAGGACACCGGGCAGAGCCUGGCUGGCCGAAAGGAGCGCCGCGGGCGGACGCACCGGCACAAGAAAAGGAAGAAGCACAAGAAGUCUGGCAGGCACAAGCGCAGGCACAAGGCCGACGCUGACGAGAAGGGAUCGGGAUCGAGGGCCGACCCGGGGGACAAGUCCCGGAAGCGCAAGAAGCGGAAGCGCAAGAAGAAGUCCGGGGGCGCGGCCGACUCAGAGCGGGGCCCCAAGCCCGAGCCCCCAGGCAGCGGCAGCCCCGCCCCACCCAGGCGGCUCCGGAGGCAUGACGAGUCCCAGCGGAGACCCCUGCCCGCCGCCGACGAGAGCGGCGGCGGCCAGCGUGACGCGGGCGGGGGCGCACAGGAGCGUGGCGGGCGCAGGCAACCGGGCGAGCCCCCCGCUACCUCCUGCCAGCGCCGGGCCAGCGCCCCAAGGACCGGCAACACCCACCGCCACGGCCGGCCCAGCAGCGGGGAGGAGGACAGCGACGGCGGUGCUGCCCGCCGCCCGCGCCAGGAGUCCCCGGCCCAGUACAGCGACGAAGACGACGACGACGAGGAGGAGGAGGACUCGGGCAGCGCACGCUCCCGAAGCCGCUCGCGCAGCCGCCGCCGCUCCUCCCGCCGCUCUUACUCCAGCAGCUCGGCUGCGUCCUCCGACCAGAGCUGCUACAGCAGGCCCCGCAGCUACUCCGACGACAGCUACAGCGACUACAGCGAGCGCUCGCGCCGGCACUCCAAGCGCUCCCACGGCUCCGACGACUCGGACUACGCCAGCCCCAAGCGCCGCAAGUACUCCUCCUCCGAAGACGAUGACUACAGCCUCAGCGGCAGCCCUUCCCGCAGCCGCUCCCGCAGCCGGUCCAGGGAGCGCUCUCCCACCCGCUCGCGCAGCAGCAGCCACAGCCGGAGCCAGCGGAGGAGCCGCAGCACCACCGCGCACAGCUGGCAGCGCAGCCGCAGCUACAGCCGGGACCGAAGCCGCAGCACUCGCAGCCCUUCCCAGAGGUCGGGCUCCAGGAAGGGGUCGUGGGGCCACGACAGCCCUGAGAACAGGCGAUCCAGCCGCCGGGACUUCAUUCGCUCCAAGAUCUAUCGCUCUCAGUCCCCCCACUAUUUCUGGUCAGGCCGGGGCGACUGUCCAGGGAAGAAAGACGACAGCCAAGGAGAUGACAGCAAAGCAUCAGGCCCGCCCUCCCAGAACAGCAGCACUGGCACGGGGAGAGGGUCAGAAAGUGACUGCGGCCCCGAGGAUAAGAACUCUGUCACUGCUAGACUGCUGCUGGAGAAGGUCCAGUCCAGGAAAGGGGAGCGGAAGCCCAGCAUGGGCGAGGAGGUGCUGGCCACCCCCAAUAAGGCUGGGCUCAAGCUCAAGGACCCCCCACAAGGCUACUUUGGGCCCAAGCUCCCCCCUUCCCUGGGCAGCAAGCCGGUCCUUCCGUUGAUAGGGAAGCUCCCAACUACCCGAAAGCCCAACAGGAAAUGUGAGGAGUCUGGGGUAGAAAAGGGGGAAGAGCAAGACCAGUCAGAGACAGAAGAGGGGCCCCCCGGGAGUGGAUGCCAGGUCCCUGCCGAGGAUACCGCUGGCCCCUUAUCUGAGCUGCCCCCGGGAGAACCAACAUCCAAAGAAGCUACUGCCGCCUACCCUGUGGCUCCACUGGGCGCCCCGGCGCACUCCGACUGCUACCCUGGGGACCCAGCCAGCUCCCAUAGCUACCUCCCUGACCCCAGCAAUGGGGACACCCUGGAGCCCCCGGAGAGCGGCAGCCAGCCAGGCCCCGUGGACGCUGGCUUGCUGCCCGCAGCCCCUGACCUGGAGCACUUCCCAGGCUACGCACCUCCCAGCAGGGAGCCCCGCGGCGAGUCCCCCGAGGGCGCGGAGGACGCCUCGCUGGCCCCCCUGGAGAGCCAGCCCAUCACCUUCACGCCCGAGGAGAUGGAGAAGUACAGCAAGCUCCAGCAGGCGGCGCAGCAGCACAUCCAGCAGCAGCUGCUGGCCAAGCAAGCGAAGGCCUUCCCCGCCUCGGCCGCCCUGGCCCCGGCCGCCCCCGCCCUGCAGCCCAUCCACAUCCAGCAGCCGGCCGCGGCCUCGGCCACCUCCAUCACCACGGUGCAGCACGCCAUCCUGCAGCACCACGCGGCCGCCGCCGCCGCCGCCGCCAUUGGCAUCCACCCCCACGCCCACCCGCAGCCCCUGGCGCAGGUGCACCACAUCCCCCAGCCCCACCUGACGCCCAUCUCCCUGUCGCACCUCACUCACUCCAUCAUCCCCGGCCACCCCGCCACCUUCCUGGCCAGUCACCCCAUCCACAUCAUCCCCGCCUCCGCCAUCCACCCCGGGCCCUUCACCUUCCACCCUGUCCCACACGCUGCCCUCUACCCCACCCUGCUGGCCCCUCGGCCUGCUGCAGCAGCUGCCACGGCCCUGCACCUCCACCCACUGCUUCACCCCAUCUUCUCAGGGCAGGAGCUGCAGCACCCGCCCAGCCAUGGCACGUGAGUGGGGUGUGGGAGUCUCCCCGGCCAGGGCAGGCACCCCGCCAUUCUCCCCUCGGGGUGUGGAGCCGAGAGUGCCAGCCGGCGCGCACUGGGCGUGUAGUGUCCAGUGUCUGGGAGCCAAAGAGCCAAGCUUUGGCUUGCAGGGAUGGGCUGGGAGUGAGGCUGGCUUUGGGUUUACUAUCAGGGAUCCCCUUCCUCCUCCUGCUGUCCUCCUCCCCUGUGUCUCUGGGCUAGGGCGCUCCUGCCAGUGCUGCCCGCACCUCCAGGUGGUCACCUCCACAUGGUCCCCUCUUGCCUCUAUUUUUUAUCAUGCGCUCCUCCUCUCUUCUGGCCUCGAGAAACUCUCCUCGUGUCCGGCCCCCGGAAGGUCCUGCGCCAUCCACUCCUGCAUUCCUGGUGCCGUGCUGCUCCCAUUCCGCAGCCUGUGGGCGGUGUCUUCCCUGUCCCUCAGUGAUACGAUGCCCAGGUGAGCUGGGAAGGAAACCUGACCCGGAACCAGAUGUGACCCAGUCCCUCGUCCAGAAGAGGCCUCCGCACAGCCCCGGGAGAUAGUCCUCCUGCCCGGGCUGUGACCACUGCCCGGGUGCUUCCCAGGGCGGGCGCCUGUGAUGGGUGUGUCUUCUGUUGUGUUGAUGUUCCCUUCUUAAUUUAUAGAAUUUUUUAAUGUAAAAAUUGCACUGAACUCUAUAAAGGUAAAUGCUGCUUUUUGUAGCUCAUAUAAAAAGGUUCCAUAUUUGUAGUAUACUGCAAUAAUAUUUUUUACAUCCAGCUCUUUAAGUGAUCCUUGUUCUGGUGGCUUUGUGUAAAUAUGUUUGCCCUAGUUGAAUUAAGAAACUUUAAGGGUUAUAAAAUGAAAGCAAAAAAAUAAAGUAUUUGUUUUCUGCUAGAUACAAAAAUGACUAAGCAUGCAUACUUUUAUCAAGCUCCUGUAUUUUUCGGAGUCCAACCCUCAGUACUGGGCAGUAAGUGUUGCCACCGCCACAGGCCAGCUUCGGGUCAGGGAUGUGGCCGCGCCAUCUCCUUUCCUGGUGGGGCAGCGAACGCUGCUGCUUCCCCCAACAAAGAGGAGACCCACAAAGAGGGGACCCCGCAGCCCCUCUGAAAGCCAUGAGACUCAGGAACUGACGGCCUCGGGUUUUUAGGCAGGCCCAUGGCCUUCCCAGUACUUAGCCCUCUGGCAGUUUGUCCCAUGUGCCUUUUGGGUCGGUCUGGACCUGGAGUAGCAGGAGCCCGGAGGAGCGGAGGUGGUGGCUGCUGCUCCUCUUCGGCUUCACACUGCGAGCCUUUUGCCCACCAGGUUUCAGUGGUGCAGGCUGCUUUUCCUUCUCUCCAGGACACUGACCAGGAACACCCUCUGCCCUCCCCUUGUCUAGUCUCCUGCCUGAGGCUUUGCGCGUGUCCUGGGGACCCCUCCUGGGCAGCCCCUCUCCCCACCCAGUGGGGUCACUCACCUUGGACAGCCAGCACUGCACGAGCAGUCACCGUCUCCACGGAAGGGACUCGUUCUCCCUGCCUCCAGCUGGUGUGGACAUUUGAGUAACAGGACUACCUUGUGCUGCUUCCAUUAGCUUACUGAUAGCCGUGUGCACUCUGGCCACCUCGCUGCCUUCCUGGGAGCAGUUUUAUUAAACUUCCAGAAUAGUGAUUUUAAAAAGUAAAAAAUCACCUGUCCUUCCUUACAAGCAUAACAGGCAGUAUUUAACUUUACCACAUGUGAGGGAGCUGCUGUGGAAUGAGGGAAUGAACGGAGCUCUGUAAUAAACCAUGGCUUGUGGAAACCCCGAA